UACUAACGUCUCCUCCAAAGCACAAACCAACCACCAUCGAAGCCAUUUUCAUUACCAAAUUCUUGCUUUCUUCGCCCUUCGGCGAACUUUCCUAUAAACCUUUUCCCUCCAUUUAAAUAAUCCCAAAACCGCUUUUGCUCUGAAAAAAGUUGCACACAAAAGAAAUGGCCUUGGCUCCAGCGCAGCUCUCUAAGACUUUUUUCUCCACCAAACCCACAUCACAGACGCCGCUUUUCUCAUUACCUGCUACCCAGAAGAUUCAAUCUCGGAGGUUGUCUUCCACCGUCCGGUGCUCCGUCGCCGUUGCACCAUCGGCAACUGCAUCCAAGGCAUCAGCCAAGGUGAAGUCUGUUAAGGCAAGGCAGAUCAUAGAUAGCAGGGGAAAUCCUACCGUCGAGGUUGAUCUGGUCACCGGCGAUGAUCUACUGUACCGAUCGGCGGUUCCAAGUGGCGCUUCCACCGGGAUCUAUGAGGCAUUGGAGCUCAGAGAUGGUGACAAGAGCCUCUAUGGUGGUAAAGGGGUCCUCAAUGCUGUAAAGAAUAUUAACGAAUAUUUGGGCCCCAAACUUGUUGGUGUUGAUGUAAGGAACCAAACUGAUGUUGAUGCUGUUAUGCUGGAGAUUGAUGGAACUCCUAAUAAAUCAAAACUUGGAGCUAAUGCCAUUCUUGGAGUUUCUCUCAGUGUGUGUAGAGCUGGUGCUGGAGCAAAAGCAGUACCUUUGUAUAAACACAUUCAAGAAAUAUCUGGAACCAAAGAACUUGUAAUGCCAGUUCCAGCAUUCAACGUGAUAAAUGGAGGGAGCCAUGCUGGCAACAAUUUGGCUAUGCAAGAGUUCAUGAUUCUACCUGUUGGAGCACCAACAUUUGCUGAGGCACUUCGUAUGGGUAGUGAAGUCUACCACACUCUAAAGGGAAUUAUCAAAGCUAAGUACGGUCAAGAUGCAUGCAAUGUUGGUGAUGAAGGUGGAUUCGCUCCAAAUGUCCAGGAUAACAGGGAAGGGCUAGUAUUGCUUAUGGAUGCAAUUGAGAAGGCUGGUUACACCGGCAAGAUUAAAAUUGGCAUGGAUGUAGCAGCAUCUGAGUUCUUGACAAAAGAUGCAAAAUAUGAUCUCAAUUUCAAGAAACAACCAAAUGAUGGAGCUCAUGUACUUAGUGCUCAGAGCCUCUGUGAACUCUACAAGGAGUUUGUCAAAGAUUUUCCUAUUGUAUCUAUUGAAGAUCCCUUUGACCAAGAUGAUUGGAGCUCUUGGGCAUCUCUACAAUCUUCAGUUGACAUUCAACUUGUUGGUGAUGAUUUGUUGGUGACUAAUCCAAAGAGAAUUGCUGAAGCAAUUCAGAAGAAGGCAUGCAAUGCAUUAUUGUUGAAGGUUAACCAGAUCGGUACUGUCACAGAAUCUAUUCAAGCAGCACUAGACUCCAAAGCUGCAGGAUGGGGUGUUAUGGUCAGUCACCGAAGUGGUGAAACAGAGGAUAAUUUUAUCGCAGAUCUGUCUGUUGGUUUGGCCAGUGGACAGAUAAAGACUGGAGCACCCUGCCGGAGUGAGCGGCUGGCAAAAUACAACCAGCUUCUACGUAUCGAAGAAGAACUUGGAGAUGUUCGUUAUGCUGGUGAAUCUUUCAGAUCUCCUUGAGAAAGCAGUCAAAAGUUAAAAGAAGGAUAGGGAGAAUCCAGAAAAGUUUUUCUUUUGUUGUAUACUCAAUCGGCAUUGUUGUUAGAUAUGUUGUAUUCGUGGAGGAUCAGGUAGGCAUUAGAAGCUACAUCUGGUCGACUUUUCGUGCAGUUCUUUUUUGAAUUUUGUUCAAGUCUUUCAUGCGUGUGAACUUUAGUAUCACAAACACAGUUCCCUGUCUGUAGUAGUUGUGCUCUCUUAAUCAAAAUAACAAGGGCCCUCCAUUUUCUUGUGAGUGUCAUGAACAGUA